CUCAUGAAACGCAUACGAGAAGCGGAGGCAAACGGUCUCGAACCCAGACACCUUCUUAUCCGCUCAUUCUCCAUCUCGAAAGGCCGAUAAAACAGCAAUGGCGUCGCUGAUAACUGGAGUCAGAGCUCCACCAAUGACUCCUCAAUCCCUCGGUAUCUCUUCUCGCUUCUCGUACCCACAAUCCUCAGCCCUAGGCGUCCCUCUAUGCGACUCCACGUCUUCACUCUCGCUCUCUGUCACUCCUCCAUCCUCCGUCCCUCUCGUGUACUGUGGCCGAGGCGAUAGGAAAACUGCGAAAGGAAAGCGUUUCAAUCACUCUUUUGGCAAUGCGAGGCCACGGAACAAGAAGAAAGGAAGAGGACCGCCGAGGGUACCGCUUCCUCCUUCUGCACCAAAGAAAGAUCUGUUCGAGGACACUGAAGUUGUGAAGAUUGAAAUUGACGAGUCACUGUAGUCAAGCAAGCUUAACUAUUAUAUGCAAUCUGUAAACCUUGAAGUGGUUUUUAAUCUUUUAUUGCUUCUCUUCUUCUA